AUGGUGGCGGCGGCGAUGCAUACGCCCGACGCGGCCGAGCCUCAGGUGUGCGCGAGCUACGACGACGACGAGAACCUUCGGAGGCACCACAGGGAGCUCCUCAAGCAGCUCUGCCCUGGCGUCUGGGUGCCGACGACUCCCGAUGGCGAGGUGCUGACGCUGGACCUCAGCAAGCACCUGGUCGGCCCCCUACGCCGGGCGUCCCCGUUCCCGGCCUGGGUUCGGGGGCAGGUCUACGCGUCCGGCGAUCAGUCGAACGAGGACAUCGAGGCGCUGCGGGGGGAGGCGCGCGGCCUCGCCCUGGCCAUGGGCGUCUCUGCCCCGGCUGGGGCUGCUGGCGGCGUCGUGCCGCGCUGGAUCGUCUCGGACCCAGGCUCGCCCGAGUUCUGGCGCGAGCUGGACCUCCACCUCAUCGGGAGCCCCGAGCGGCUGAUCAGUCGCGACGCUGUGGGCAUUGCGUUGCUCAGCGAGGAGGAGGGGUGGGUCUCGGUCGAGAGCGUACAGCAGGCCGACGAGGAGGGCCGGCGCGGGGAGAAGCGCCGAGGUGACGCUCGUGGAGGCGAUCGCGAGGAUGAACGCGUCGACUUUGGCGACUGGCCGUCCUGGGGGUCGAGCGCCCUGCCCGAGCUGCUGGCCGCCAUCCUUGUCACGGGGCUGACCCUCACUUCCUACUGGGGGCACUGGGUCUCGGAGUCACGUGUGUCGCGGAACGCCGUGGUGGCCCAGGAGGUGCGGCACGCGUUGAACCAGCUGCACCACGGCGCGACCUACGACCUCGUGGACCCGUCGAACCUGGCGUCUCUGGAGCUCCUGGGGCGCCGGGUGCUGCAGAUCCAGCGGGCGGUGAAGAGGUGCCCGCGCCAUCUGAGCUUCGAGGGCCUCGACCUGACGCUGAUCAGCUCCUUGGACGAGAGCAGAGGCGUCGCGACGUCGAAGUUCGACGCGUUCGUGGCCAAGGAGCAGAAGGCGCAGGGCAUCAUUCUGAAGGAGGAACGGAUGUACCGGGUGGAGCAGGUGUCGGAGGCGAAGAAGUACGAGAGGCAGGGCGACGACAGGGAGAGGGACCCCAGGGCGGACCCGAAGGGCAAGGUGAAGCCGAUGCCCAAGGCCGCCGUGAAGGAUCAGGGCUGA